GUUGGCCGGUCCGAGCCAAGCCGACUCGUUCUUUGUUUUCAACUUCCAUGUUCUAUCCUCUCUGCUAGUUAGUAGCUCGUGACAUUAGGAUUCGCUCUCUGUCAACUGUAUCAAUCAGCUCUUAUUGUGCAUGGGGCCUCCUCGGAUCGACACAGUGGUGCUACUAUUGCGUGAGAAAGACCAGGAGAUUUUGCAAUUAAAGUUACAGUUGAAAGCAUAUGCCGCGCGUACUUCGCUCAUCCAGAGCCGACUCACUUCCACACAGGACGCAUUGGAUGCACUCCAGCUCAGCCACGACGAGGAACUCAGAGCAGAACAAGCUGCCAAACACAAAAUGCAACAGCAACUCAAAACAUAUCAUCAAUUCCUCAGAUCAGUUAACUAUGAGAAGGAAGAUCUUCGUAAUGCUAUCGUAUCCUUCCUUCAAAGAGUAGAAGACCCGCAUAAUACUUGGCCGCAAUCUCAACUUCAUGUAUCCAGCUUACUUGAACCUGCUGAUCCCAAAUUGUUGAUGCAUCGUAAUCAGGAUGUCUCGAACGAUUCUGAUCAGAGGUUGAUGAAUUAUGCUGCUGCCAUGAUUGAUACUCUAGUACAUGAAAGAGAUUUAGCACGAACAGCCCAUCAGUCUCUCCUUUUGGACGCGAAAGCGCAAAUAGCGGCCCUUGAAGCUGAGCUUGCUCAUCGCGAUCUUGAACUUGAAAAAUGCAUAUCCCACUGUGUCGACUGUCCCGAAUUUCAGAGAAGCCGGACAGGAUUUGAACCUUUCACUCCAAUGGAACCUUCAGUCCUUUCGAAAAUCCUACAGAAGACCUCUACUCGUCAUAAGAUAUUGGAGCUAGGGAAUCAACAACUGAAGGGACAGCUGGAAAAUCUCAGGCAGAGUAUAUCGGUACCACUGGCUUCAACCUCGCAAAUGAAGUACAGCGACCGCAUACAACAUGACGAAACUUCCCGCGAAAUCCAAGACGAUUCCGAUCCCACUGUGCGUGUGUCUCCCGCAAAUGGAGAUGUGGCGCCGUCCUUGGGGAACGUUAUUCCCACCUCGAAGCUCAUCGUUCAAAUGGAUACAGAUAUCAGAAAUUUAGGCCUCACUAUCAACGCUUUUGCAUCCGAACGGGAUCGACUCCAGAAAAUGGUUGCUGAACAGGCUGUUAUUCAGAAGUCAGAAAGUGCACCUGCUGGCUUAGAGAUAGAGUCUCGAAGGUCUGCGCAUCUGUUUCAAGACAACGCCUCUGUAGACAUGGAAGUUGCAUACGCAGCUAGCCUCUGUCGCGAAAAAUCUCUUAUUGAGGAUAAUCUGAAACUUGUCGAACGGUUGCGCGAUUUACAUUCUUUCGAUGUGCCAGAUAGCGAUACCGAAGCAAAAGAAGAUUUGAGACCCUUAUCUCGCUCAACUGCUGAGCCCGAACUAAAACGCUCAGCUUCGUCCGCACCACCUCAGCUCAUUGACGCGGAGGACGGCGAAGUAUCCAUGGACCUCGCAACACCUCUCCAACCAACAACUUUCAUAGCAACGCCAGAGAAAACCCGUCGUUCGAACACUUCGGGAACGCCGAGUACUCCACGUCCUCUUAUUCCUCUUUCCCCAGCCCCAGUCAGUUCUAGUCUUUUCGGGCAAGAACAAUCACCAUCGUCUCCUCGACAAGGGCAAUCGUCAAUACCUUUCGAAGACAUCAAGUCCGUCGGACCCUUGAGUCAACCUAGUGCGGAGGAUGUAGGUAACGAAAUCACAAGCGAGCUUGCUUCUGGAGAGCAACAGGUGGUCCAGAGUGCGGGUGCGGUCAACGAAACGGAACUCGUACUUGAUUCAGGGACGAACUUGAAUGAUUGAUUUCGCUACAUUUUGAUUGCUUUAAGUAUGUAUAUCUUGUUUGUACGCACUGUCACUGUGGUAUUCUUGGUUGGCUGGGUUGUGUUUGGAUGCGCAUCUAAUGCAUAAUAUCUUGUGGAUGUACUCAAUUGUAACGUGGUAAUAUGUGAUCCUGGAGUCAAUAAAUGCCC